UUCAGAUCCCCCCCCCCACACCAAGGCUCGGGCAGGGAGCGCUGGCCUCCUCUUGGUCUCUGCUGCUCCCGGUUGGCAGCGGCAGGCACUGCAAUAUAGGGAUCCAUAGGGGCUUGAGUCCUGGGGAGCCCCUCAAGGGGCUGGUGAGCCAAUUGGCUGGAGUCAGGAGAAAGGGGUGCGGCUGAUGGGAAGCAAACGGGUACCAACCGGCUGUACCAGGAAGAAGAUGAGGCGGCGCAGGGUGGGGCAAGGUGUGGACUGGACAGGAUUUGGGAUGCCUUCAGGACCUGGGACUCCCAAUACGUUGAAUGCCCAACCCAGUCCCUGAAGGCUUUGGCCAACCCAGGAGAGACUUGGGAUGUGCUUUCUUACCAAAACUUGCAAGCUCCUGAAGGGCCCCACCCGGCUUCGAGGGCCCCGCCCCUGUCCUGAGGCCUGUACAAGAACUGAGGCCUUUCUGAACCCUGCUCUGUAAGCAAGGGGGUCUUCGGCCAAACCACAGAGGCAGGGGAAGGAGGUAUGGGAGGCCUUGGGACUUGCUGGGCCGGGGAGAGUGUGUAUUAGUGGGUCUUAUCUCAGUCGGCUGCACUUGUUGUGGUAUGGGUGUGUAUGUGUGUCUGUUUGAUCUUGUGUUCCCUCCGGUUUGUCUGCCUGCGUCUUGUCUCCGUGUUUGAUUCCAUUCCUCCCCUCCCCUUGCCAAUCUGCCCCACCUCCUCUGCGACUCCUUGAUAACCCUUGGGCAAAACUGUUACUUAAUCUCCUUCCGAGCUGCCUUCUGUCUUCACCCUUUCCCUUUCUUUCUCCCAGCAGACAUCCGCCUGUCAUGGCAGUCAUGAGGCCUUCCUGGUAUCCCCUGCACACACCCUCCCUGACAUCUCCCCUCCUCUUCCUCCUCCUCUCCCUCCUGGGAGGAGGGGCAGGGGCUGAGGGCCGGGAAGACCUACAGCUGCUGGUGAGGGUUCGAGGGGGCCAGCUGAGGGGCAUUCGCCUGAAGGCCCCUGGGGGCCCAGUCGCAGCUUUUCUGGGCAUCCCCUUUGCAGAGCCACCUGUGGGCUCACGUAGGUUUAUGCCACCAGAGCCCAAGCGGCCCUGGUCAGGAGUGUUGGAUGCUACCACCUUUCAAAAUGUCUGCUACCAAUAUGUGGACACCCUGUACCCUGGGUUUGAGGGUACUGAGAUGUGGAACCCCAACCGAGAGCUGAGUGAAGACUGCCUGUAUCUUAAUGUGUGGACACCAUACCCCAGGCCUACUUCUCCCGCACCUGUCCUCAUCUGGAUCUAUGGGGGUGGCUUCUACAGCGGAGCAUCCUCCUUGGACGUGUAUGAUGGCCGUUUCCUGGCCCAGGUUGAGGGGACCGUAUUGGUAUCUAUGAACUACCGAGUAGGAACCUUUGGCUUCUUGGCCCUGCCGGGCAGCAGAGAAGCCCCCGGCAACGUAGGCCUGCUGGAUCAACGGCUUGCCUUGCAGUGGGUACAAGAAAAUAUUGCAGCCUUUGGGGGAAACCCGAUGUCAGUGACUCUGUUCGGGGAGAGUGCGGGUGCAGCCUCGGUGGGCAUGCACAUUUUGUCCCCGCCCAGCCGCAGCCUCUUCCACAGGGCUGUCCUACAGAGUGGUACGCCCAACGGGCCCUGGGCCACCGUGAGUGCGGGAGAGGCCAGGCGCAGGGCCACACUGCUGGCCCGCCUAGUGGGCUGUCCCCCAGGUGGCGCUGGUGGCAACGACACAGAGCUGAUAGCCUGCCUGCGGACGCGGCCAGCUCAGGACCUGGUGGACCACGAGUGGCAUGUGCUGCCUCAAGAGAGUAUCUUCCGAUUUUCCUUCGUGCCUGUGGUGGACGGGGACUUCCUCAGUGACACGCCAGAGGCCCUCAUCAAUGCUGGAGAUUUUCAAGACUUGCAGGUGCUGGUGGGUGUGGUGAAGGACGAGGGCUCCUACUUUCUGGUUUACGGGGUCCCAGGCUUCAGCAAAGACAAUGAAUCUCUCAUCAGCCGGGCCCAGUUCCUGGCUGGGGUGCGGAUCGGUGUACCCCAAGCAAGUGACCUGGCGGCCGAGGCUGUGGUCCUACAUUAUACAGACUGGCUGCACCCUGAGGACCCUGCCCACCUGAGGGAUGCCAUGAGUGCAGUGGUGGGCGACCACAACGUUGUGUGCCCCGUGGCCCAGCUGGCUGGGCGACUGGCUGCCCAAGGGGCCCGGGUCUAUGCCUACGUCUUUGAACACCGUGCCUCCACAUUGACUUGGCCCCUCUGGAUGGGGGUGCCCCAUGGCUAUGAAAUCGAGUUCAUCUUUGGGCUCCCCCUGGACCCCUCGCUGAACUACACCAUGGAGGAGAGAAUCUUUGCUCAGCGACUUAUGAAAUACUGGACCAAUUUUGCCCGCACAGGGGACCCCAAUGACCCUCGAGACUCCAAGACCCCACAGUGGCCACCGUACACCACUGGAGCGCAGCAAUACGUGAGCCUGAACCUGAGGCCCUUGGAGGUGCGGCGGGGGCUACGCGCCCAGACCUGCGCCUUCUGGAAUCGCUUUCUCCCCAAAUUGCUCAGCGCCACUGCCAUGGAGGCUCCCUGCACCUGCCCAAGCCCCGUCCAUGGGGAGGCUGCCCCGAGGCCCAGGCCCGACUUAUUCCUGCCCUUUCUCCUUCUCUUCCUUUUCCUCCUCCACUCCCGGCUUCCGUGGCUGUGACUACAGCCUCUUCUCUCCUCUGGCCUCAGAGGACACUUACUCUAGUAUGUGGCUGGAAGGAAAGGAGGGGCCCCUUCUAGGGAUACAGCACCCCACUCCCUUCUCAAGCCGAGACAAACUGGACAAAGUCAGUUUAAGCGAAAAUCCAAAAACCAGUUUUCUUUUUUUAAUUUAAAAUUAUCACCUGGAAAUUGAGCCUGAUGUCGAGGGAAGGACCCGGGGAUAGACAGCGUCAGUCGACGGGGCUUAUAACCGCCAACCAUUUCUGUGUCUUCUCUCUUUUCCCCAACCCAUGGACCCUCCUCCCAUUCUGGUCCUGUCCCUCCCCUCCAUCUUCCGACCAUUUCUCUCCACCCGCGUUCCUGCCACCCUCCACCUCUACUCUUGUCCUCCGCAUCAUCCACUGUUCGCUUCCCACCACUCCCUUCGGCCUCCUGCGUGGCGUGCACGGCGGCGCACUCACGCCCCCUCUUGCUGCCCCACCCGCUCGUUUCCUUCUACUCUUGCGGGGCGCCCCGGCCGCAGACACGCUGGACGAGGCAGAGCGCCAGUGGAAGGCCGAGUUCCACCGCUGGAGCUCCUACAUGGUGCACUGGAAGAACCAGUUCGACCACUACAGCAAGCAGGAGCGUUGCUCAGACCUGUGACCCUGGAGGGACCCUCAGGUCUCGCCGCCCUGCCCGAGCCCCUAGCUGUAUAUAUACUAUUUAUUUAAGGGCUGGGAUAUAAUACAACCAAGCCCCAGACCCUAUCCACCCCAUCCCGACUCCCCCCCCACACCAGGGGCUCCCCUUCUUCUGCAUGUCUGGGACCGAGCUCCCAUCCCCGCGGUGCCUUCGCCCCUCCGGGCCGCCAAUAAACUGUUACAGCCACUAGUUUGUGCGACUGGCGGGAAGUUGGGGCGGGGACCGAGUCAGUGCUGGAAACAGAAGCCUCAGGAUUGGCGAACAUCGUUGCACCUUGCCUGCAGGAUCCGGCGGAAGCAAGUUCUGGACCCACCCGUUGGGGCGGAGCUUGCGACUGCGCAGCAAGGCUGCUCGUCCGCGCCUUUUAGAAGGCUCCGAUAUCGGUGUCUACUUGUCCU